AUGGCUGCCUCCACAACCCUUUCGUUCGCCCUCCUUUCCGCUUUCCUCUUCUGCGCCUUCGUGCCUUUCGCGUCGGCAACUUCGGUCAACAUCACCCGCCCGGCCUAUGUCGCCUUCCGCGACGUCAACACCUGCAUGCAGGCAGCCAUCGCCAUCGUGAAGAACACUGACUGCAACCCUCAAGUCUCUUGCUCCUCGGACCUCACCGUCUACCUUACUUCGUGCUCGACCACAAACUACGAGCUCCUCGGCUUCAACGCCACCUACUACCUCGACUACCAGUACAACACCCACUACGUCGCCCAGGGGCUUUCCAUCUACUACUCUUCAACGAAGCUCUUGUGGACCUUCGCGACUUCCGACGACCUGCUCAACUUCUACUCCGCAGCGAUCUACAACAGCACGUGUAACACGAACGUCAACAAGACGUCCCUCUCCCUCGUGAUGACCACCCCCGCCAAUGGUGCGCGCUGCACAUUCGCCACCUCGACGCUCCUCCCCUUUGUCAGCUUCAAGUCCGUGACCGGAGCUGAUUCUGAGUUCAUGAGUGCUCUGUAA